CACAAGGGCCCUAAGCUUGAGGUUUAACACUCUGUAGUUGCAGUCUUAAAAAUCUUGUAGUUUUAUCUUUGAAUUUGUGUCUUGUAGGUGAAGUCCAGUGGGACAAUACAGUAUGCACUGGGGGCUUAGAGCCUUGGUUCCCAUGGUCCUGCCUAUUACUAUCUCCCUGCCUCCUCUAGGUUUUCUUGCUCCUUGCCAUGCUCUGUCCCUGGCGGGGCCUGGACACAAAAAGGGUUGGGGGUAAGUGCAUGGCAUCUCAGGGUCCGGCAUGGUGGCAGCUGUCCCCAUUCUGGACUGGCAGCUCCAUGGCAUCCUCAGUGGGCAACUAGAGAGAGGUAUUGUGUUGGCCGCGUGCCAGGCCUUGGAGAACAGCACGUCCCUGCUGAGCGCAGACCCGCCCGUGGCUGCAGCAGUGGUGUCCCAUUUUAAUGACUGCCCAGAUUCCCACACUCAGUUCUGCUUCCAUGGAACCUGCAGGUUUUUGGUGCAGGAGGACAAGCCAGCAUGUGUCUGCCAUUCUGGGUACGUUGGUGCACGCUGUGAGCAUGCGGACCUCCUGGCUGUGGUGGCCGCCAGUCAGAAGAAGCAGGCCAUCACCGCCUUGGUGGUGGUCUCCAUCGUGGCCCUGGCUGUCCUUAUCAUCACAUGUGUGCUGAUACACUGCUGCCAGGUCCGAAAACACUGUGAGUGGUGCCGGGCCCUCAUCUGCCGGCACGAGAAGCCCAGCGCCCUCCUGAAGGGAAGAACCGCUUGCUGCCACUCAGAAACAGUGGUCUGACGAGUCCAGAGGAGUUUGGCCAGGUGGACUGUGGCAGAUCGAUAAAGAAAGGCUUCUUCAGGACAGCACUGCCAGAGAUGCCUGGACGUGCCACAGACCUUCCUACUUGGCCUACAGUCACCUGUGCAGCCUUUUGUGGGCCUUCAAAACUCUGUCGAGAACUCUGUCUGCUUGGGGUUAUUCAGUGUGACCUAGAGAAGAAAUCGGUGGACCACGAUUUCAAGACUGGUUAAAAAAGAACUGCAAAGAGACGGACUCCUGUUCACCUAGGUGAGGCGUGUGCAUCAGUUGGUGUCUGAGUCCAGAUGUGUGCAGUUGUCUUCUGCCAGCCAUGGAUUCCGGGCUACAUAUUUCUUUUUAAUGGGCCACCUCCCCACAACGGAAUUCUGCCCAACACAGGAGAUUUCUGUAGUUAUUGUUUUCUAUCAUCCGCCUACUGGGGAAGAAAGUGAAGGAGGGGAAACUGUUUGAUGUCACAUGAAGACGCCAGCUUUAAGAGAAGCUGUAUCCUCUAACCACGAGACCCUCGACCAGCCCAACAUCUUCCAUGGACACAUGACAUUGAAGACUAUCCUAAGCUAUUGCCACCCUUGGAGAUAAUGUCUUAUUUAUUAGAUGGAUAAUGGUUUCAUUUUUAAUCUCUUAAGUCAAUGUAAAAAGCAUAAAACCCCUUCAGACUUCUACAUUCAUGAUGUAUGUGUUGCUGACUGAAAAGCUGUACUGAUUAGAAAUGUCUGGCCUCUUCAAGACAGCUAAGGCUUGGGAAAAGUCUUCUGGGGUGUGGAGAUGGAACCAGAGGCUGGGUUACUGGUAGGAACAAAGGUAGGAGUUCAGAAGUGGUGCCAUUGAAGCCACAAAGCCAGUAAAUGCCUCAAUACAUUCUGGGAGAAAACUUAGCAAAUCCAUCAGCAGGAAUCUGUCCCCUCUGUUGAGGAGAAAGGAAGAAUGUGUGUGUCUACACAGGAUAAACCCAAUACAUACUGUACUGCUCAGUGAUUAAAUGGGCUCACUUCCUCGUGAGCCCUUCGUGAGUAUGUUUAGAAAUAGAGCAUUAGCCACGAGCCAUGGGCAUUUCAGGCCAAAUCCAUGAAAGGGGGACCAGUCGUUUAUUUUUCAUUUUGUUGCUUGGUUGGUUUGUUGCUUUAUUUUUAAAAGGAGAAGUUUAACUUUGCUAUUUAUUUUCGAGCACUAGAAAAACUAUUCCAUUAUUUUUUUUUCUUCAUUUCCAUUCAGGAUGCUGGUUUUAUUAAUAAAAACUCUAACAAGUCACCUCCACUAUGUGGGUCUUCCUUUCCCCGCAAGAGAAGGAGCAAUUGUUCCCCUGAGCACCUGGGUCCGUCUGACCCGUGGGGCCUGCCUGUGAGAAGCAGUGGGCCCCUUCAAAUACAGAGUGGAUAGCUCAUCCCUAGGAAUUUUCAUUGAAAUUUGGAGACAGAGUAACGAAGAAAUAAUAUAUAAACUCCUUAUGUGGGGAAAUGCUACUAAUAUUUAAAAAGUGAAAGAUUUCUCCCUACUAACUCUUAAGUGCACCUAGCUUACUACAUCAUGAAAGGUACAUUUAAAAUAUGUCAAAUUGGCUUGAACUUUUCAGAGAAUUUUGUCUUCCCCCUAAUUCUUCUUCCUUGGUCUGGAAGAACGAUUUCUAUGAAUUUUCUCUUUUUUAUAUAUAUAAUUCAGACAAUUCUGAUCCAUGUCUUCACUUUGGGCACUCUCAUUUAACAAUGCCACACUGGAAGCACUAAAUGCAGACCUCAGAUCUGUUCAGAGCUGACCUCCCAGCAACAUAGUUGACACAGCUCCAGGUUUUUAAAUUAUUAAAAUAAGUUCAAGUUUACAUCCCUUGGGCCAGAUAUGUGAGUUGAGGCUUGACUGUAGCAUCCUGCUUAGAGACCAAUCAAUGGACACUGGUUUUUAGACCUCUAUUGAUCAGUAGUUAGCAUCCAAGAGACUUUGCAGAGGCAUGGGAAGAUGAGGCUGGACAGAUGGCAGAAGCAGAGGUUCUCUGCAAAGACUUGAGAUUUAGUGUCUGUGAAUGCUCUGGUUCCUAGGUCCAGCAAGUCACACCUGCCAGUGCCCUCAUCCUUAUGCCCAUAACACACACACACUGAGAGGCCUCAAAUAUACACCUCCCUAGAAGUGCCUUCUAAGUCAGUUCUUUGGAAACCAGCAGGUCUGAAAAAGAGGCUGCAUCAAGGCAAGCCUGGUUAGACCACUGUCCAUGCCUCAGGAUAGAACAGCCUGGCUUAUUUGCAGAUUUUUCUUCUAGAAAUCAAAUGACUGAUAAGCAUUGGAUCCCUCUGCCAUUUAAUGGCAAUGGUAGUCUUUGGUUAGCUGUAAAAAUACUCCAUUUCAGGUUAAAAAUGCACCUUCUAAUCCAUCUCUGCACGCUCCCUGUGUUUCCUUGCCCUUUAGAAAAUGAAUUGUUCACUACAAUUAGAGAAUCAUUUAACAUCCUGACCUGGUAAGCUCCCACACACCUGGCAGUGGGGAGCAUCGCUGUUUCCAAUGGCUCAGGAGACAAUGAAAAGCCCCUAUUUAAAAAAAUAACAAACAUUUUUUAAAAGGCCUCCAAUACUCUUAUGGAGCCUGGAUUUUCCCACUGCUCUACAGGCUGUGACUUUGUUUAAGCAUCCUGGCAGGAAAUGUUUUCUUCUACAUGGAAAGAUAGACAGCAGCCAACCCUGAUCUGGAAGACAGGGCCCCAGCUGGACACACAUGGAACCCAGCCAGGGAUGCACUGGCCAUUGUGUCCCUGCAGGAGAGAUGGGCAGAAUGGCCCUAGAGUCCUUUCUCCUGAGAAAGGAGGAAAAGGUGGGAUUGACACUCACCCACCCACACUGGUAAGGGAGGAGAAUUUGUGCUUCUGGAGCUUCUCAAGGAAUUGUGUUUUGCGAGUACAGAAAACUGUCUGUUGUCUUCAAGCCAGGUUUUCUAGGGCACAUGGGUCAUCAGUUGCUUUUUCAGUCAGUUUGGCCAGGAUGGACUAAUAAGGCUCUAACACUGCUCAGGAGACCUCUGCCCUCUAGUUGCUUCUGGGCUUUGAUCUCUUCCUACCUGCCCAGUCACAGAGGGAGGAAUGACUCAAAUGCCCCAAACCAAGAGGACGUUGCAGAAGUAAGACAAGCAUGUGUAUAUUUUUAAGUGUUCUAACAUAAGACCUGUUCUCCCUAGCCAUUGAUUUACCAGGCUUUCUGAAAGGUCUAAUGGUUCACACGCAGAGAGAAAGAGUACUGAAAAAGCAACUCCUCUUCCUAGUCUUAAUAAUUUACUAAAAUGGUCAACUUUUCAUGAUCUUUAUUAUAAUAAACCUGAUGCUUUUUUUUUUUAGAACUCCUUACUCUGACAUCUGUAUAUGUUGCACUGAAAAGGUUAAUAUUUAAUGUUUUAAUUUAUUUUGUGUGGUAAGUUAAUUUUGAUUUCUGUAAUGUGUUCAUGUGAUUAGCAGUUCUUUUCCUUAAUAUUUUUUUUAUACUUCAAGAGUAGUGAGCAAUAUAAGAUGCAAUUGUGUUUUUCAGUAAUGUGCAUUGUUAUUCAGUUGUACUGUAUCUUAUUUGGAAGGAUGAAGGAAUGAAUUUUUUUUCCUAAGUCAA